GGAGAUUGAUAGAAGGGAUUUGAUGGGUAAAAGGCACAGGAAAAUAGAAGAGUGUUACCCAAAGGAGCUAGCAGAAAUCUGGGCGGAGCGGGGGCAGUUGGUGACAGCUAGAACAAAGCUACGGCAAGGGAGAAGAGAGAUGGCUCGAAAGGCUGCAACGGAAACAGUGAAGCGGGUUGGCAGCAUGUCUCUUUCUGAUGGAUGUAUUAUGCACAAAAACCAGGUAAUUCAAAGAGAACUUAAUUUGCAUGAGGUGAGGAAGAUGAUGAGAGUGGGGAAAAGGUUGGGUAUUGAAAUGCAAGGCAAUGAAGAGGAGGUUGAGUCUAGGGGUUUGGGGGGACCAUUGAAGAAGAAAGAAGUGGGGAAACUGAAUGAUAGAAGGAAGAAGUUUGAGUUGUGGGAGGAGUUGCGGACACUAAUUCUAGAGAAGGGAGGACGAGGGUUGAUUGCAGGUGAUUUCAAUGCCGUAAGAUGUCUUGAAGAAAAGAGGGGAAGAAUAGGGGAGAAUCCAGAGAUGAGCGAUUUUAAUGCUUUUAUUGAGACAACUGGGCUAAUUGACAUUAGAUUGGCAAAUCGGUGGUUUACAUGGUAUAGAUCAGAAUCAGAUGGUUCUUCUAUGAGCAGGUUAGAUAGAGUAUUGAUGACUGAAGAGAUGUUUACUAUGGUAGACUGGGGGCCAAAACCAUUCAGGGUUUUGGAUGCUUGGCAGCAGCAUCCUGAUCUCAAGAAAACAGUAGAAGAUAAGUGGAAUGAAUUAGAGGUGGAUGGGUUUGUAGGGUAUAGAUGUAAGCAGAAACUAAAACUGUUGAAAGUGUUUGUAAAAGGCUGGAAUCAAGAAGUGUUUGGGGAUAUGGAAGUUCUUUGGGUGCAAGUGUUGCACUGGUGGGGUAUUGAGGUUGUGUUAUCAAAUACAAUAGAAGGAGUUGCAGAGUUCUUUCUACAUGGUUUGGGUAAGAUUAUAGGGAAGGAAAUGGGAGCAUGUAUUUUCCUUGCUGUUUCUUGGUAUCUCUGGUACUGUAGGAAUAUGGGAGUUUUUAAGCAUCUUGUGAGUUUUAGGGAAAGGGUGGUGGAUAUGGUGCAAGCCAAGACCUUUUUCUGGAUUAAAACUAAGAUGCAAAGGUGUGUUUUUUCCCUUGCUGAGUGGUAGAAUAAUCCAAUACAUGUUGCUAUAGAAGUAAGAAGGCAUAAAAGGCUAUUGAAGGCAUUCUAUAAGCGUAAAUUGUGGGUGGCAUGAAUUGGAUUCUUGGUAGAAAGUUUUUGUUUGUUAGUUUUGCAAUUUCUUUAUAAUGGUAUUGACUGUUGGGCGUGUGGUCUGAUCAUGCCUUCUUCCUUUGUAUAUGGGUUGGAGUAGCCUUGUACUCCUUAAAAUAAUAUGUAAUAUUUUCU